AACUACAUUGCCCAUAAAGCAUUUGGCGGAGUGUGGCGGAGCGUCGGUCUCGCAUGGUAACUUGCCUCAGAUUUGAACGUCUGGGGAGGUUUAAUCACAAAAGUCCGAAGAUGACGGAAGGCACGAGUCUCAGGAGAAGAGGGGGGCCCUAUAAAACAGAUCCAGCCACAGAGCUGGCCUGCUGGAGGCUCAGGAACGAGGAGGGCAGGCAGACCUGGAGUUAUCUGGAGGAUGAGGACACUGAGGAGAGGAAGCAGAGCUUACUGGAGGCUCACUCAGUGGGUCUAGACACGAGCGAAUUUGUCCCAGCAUCCUCUGCUGCUCAGACGUCUGUCGAAGCUGCGCUGAAGGGCAUGGACUUUUACAGUCAGCUCCAGGCUGAGGAUGGCCACUGGGCUGGAGACUAUGGUGGACCACUUUUCCUGCUUCCAGGUCUUCUUAUAACCUGCCACGUGGCUAACAUCUCCCUGCCAGAGGCCUAUAAAAAAGAGAUGGUGAGGUAUCUGCGCUCUGUGCAGCUGUCAGAUGGAGGAUGGGGACUGCAUAUUGAAGACAAGUCUACUGUAUUUGGCACAGCCCUGAAUUACACUACACUGAGAAUCCUGGGGGUUGGGCCUGAUGACCCAGAUAUGGUGCGGGCAAGAAACAACUUACACAGCAAAGGGGGAGCUGUAGGAAUACCAUCCUGGGGAAAAUUCUGGCUGGCCAUCCUAAAUGUUUACAGCUGGGAAGGGAUGAACACCCUCUUUCCAGAGAUGUGGCUGUUUCCUGCGUGGGUGCCGGCACAUCCAUCCACCCUAUGGUGCCACUGCAGACAGGUUUACCUUCCAAUGAGCUACUGCUACGCUGUCAGACUGGCCGCUAAAGAGGACCCAUUAGUGCUCAGCCUGAGACAGGAGCUGUAUGUACAGGACUAUGCAACUAUUAACUGGCCUGCUCAAAGGAACAACGUAGCAGCCUGUGACAUUUACACCCCCCACAGCAACCUGCUCACUGUCGCCUACUUGAUCUUGAAUGUAUAUGAGGCUCAUCACAGCACAGCACUGAGAGAGAAAGCAGUGAAAGAGCUGUAUGAUCACAUCAAAGCGGACGAUCGCUUUACAAAAUGCAUCAGUAUUGGGCCGAUUUCAAAGACCAUUAAUAUGUUGGUACGCUGGCAUGUUGAUGGACCCUCAUCAGCAGUCUUCCAGGAGCAUGUGUCCAGAAUCCAAGACUACCUCUGGUUAGGCAUUGAUGGCAUGAAAAUGCAGGGAACCAAUGGAUCUCAGCUAUGGGACACUGCCUUUGCAGCACAAGCAUUUCUUGAGGCAGGUGCCCAGGACAACCCUCGAUUUACAGAGUCCUUAAAGAAGGCCCACCAGUUCUUUAAUGUAACCCAGAUUAAAGAGAACCCGCCACAGUAUGAAAAAUACUACAGACAAAUGAACAAGGGAGGUUUUCCUUUCAGCACACGUGACUGUGGCUGGAUUGUGGCUGACUGCACUGCAGAGGGGCUCAAGUCAGUGAUGUUACUGCAGGAGCGGUGCACCUUUAUUACAGAUCACAUCCCUGCAGAGAGACUCUUCGAUGCAGUAAAUGUGCUUCUGAGCAUGAAAAAUGCUGAUGGGGGUUUUGCCACUUACGAGACCAAACGUGGAGGAAAGCUGCUGGAACUGCUCAAUCCUUCAGAAGUGUUUGGUGACAUCAUGAUCGACUACACCUACGUGGAGUGCACUUCAGCUGCGAUGCAAGCUCUGCAGCACUUCCACCAUGUUUACCCUGAGCACAGAGCGCAGGAGAUCAGGAACAUGCUUCAGCAGGGGCUCGACUAUUGCAGGAGGAUGCAAAGACCUGAUGGCUCAUGGGAAGGCUCAUGGGGUGUGUGCUUUACAUAUGGAGUCUGGUUUGGCCUGGAGGCAUUUGCAUGUAUGGGUCACACUUUCCGGGAUGGAUACGAUGGGCUGGUGUGUGCUGAGGUGAGACGUGCCUGUGACUUCCUGCUCUCUAAGCAGAUGGAAGAUGGAGGCUGGGGAGAGGACUUUGAGUCAUGUGAACAGAGGUGCUACGUACAGAGCAAAAACUCACAGAUCCACAACACCUGCUGGGCUCUUCUGGGCCUGAUGGCUGUCAGGUACCCUGACCUAAAGGUGAUUGAGCAUGGAAUACAGCUUUUGAUUGACAAACAGCUUCUUAAUGGAGACUGGCCACAAGAGAACAUCUCUGGCGUUUUCAACAAGAGCUGUGCCAUCAGCUACACAUCCUACAGGAAUGUGUUUCCUAUCUGGACCCUGGGCCGUUUCUCGCGCCUCUACCCCUCCAGCUCUCUUGCUGGGAAGGUGAAACUCUAAGGGACUCAGAGAUUACCUGCGAGGAGUUUACUUCCCUUUGGUGUCUGAUCUGCCUUAAUACCUGAUGGGAGUUUCUGUUUUAUACACACUAAUUUGCUGCUAUGUGAAACUCUUUGAUUUGGUACUUCAGUGUAAUUUAAGUGUAAUUUUGUAUGUUAAUCAUUAAAAUUUGUGCACUUACAGGGCUUUGUUAUCUAAAUCUGCAGUUAUUGGUCCAUUUGCCUUUUGGUCCAUCUUUUAUGCUUAAAAGACUUUGGAGCAUUAUUUAAGCCAGAGCUGAAUUUUGAUACACUAUUAAACAGUAUUAACAGUACUGUGCAUGGGUAGACCCAACUUUAUUCAUUUAUUUUCCAGUUUAAACAUCUGUUAACCUGUUCAAUGGCCAAGGUUUUAAAACACAUUUCUAUAACCUAAGAACAGCUCAGUCAGUUUGUUCUGACAUCGCUGUAGUUACUGAAUAAUAAGUCUCAAUUUUUUUAUUAUACUAACUUCUGCUUCCUACUGUUUGUUUUGACUGGAAAUUAAAUACAUGAAGAGUGGUCUCUGGCUUUUGCACAGUGUAUAAUCAAGUAUGUCCGGUGAAUUCCCGUUCCUUGUGUGAUAAAUAAUAAUUGGGGAAUUUGCGACCACUGUGAUUCUUUUUUUUUCUCUCUCGAUUUAGUCAUGUCUAGUUCCACCAUCUAGCUGGGCCUCCCCCAAUCACACAAAGCUACCAGUCUGGGAGGGUAAAGGCACAAGCAUCCUGCCAUAUACAUGAAUCACCACUGCAUCAUUGCAAACUGGUGCUAACAACAUCAUGGAAUAGCUCAACACAUGGGGAGAACGCAAAAUGCCAGUUCUAGCAUGGCACAGAUGGCCACAGAUGGCCAUGGCAUCAUCAGGGACCGAACUCACGAUCUCCUGACAGCUCUAAUGAUCUUGUCAUAUUCUCUUCCUCUACCUCAUAUAAGUUAAAAAUUCACAUUUCAUCAGUUCCUCUUCAUGCAACUCCCUGAGAUAAACAAAUAAUGACUGAUUUCCAUAAAACCUUACUGAAAACGAAACCAACUUUUCCUAACUUACCCAAGAGUCAGUGGUGAAAAUACAGUAUGAUGGGUCAAAAUGGAAUUGAAGAAGGUUUGUUGUUUUUGUGAGUAAUGGAUUUGACGGAAAGGCGGAGCUAGUUUGCAUACACAUGCGAUUGCAUCUUACAGAGGAGUGAUGGCGUGAUCAGGGCAGUACAGGAUGGUGCUUUCCCUCACAUGCCUUUAGACCGGUAUGUCCGGCUUUCUGUACAUGUUGACCAUGUUCUCUUCACCAGACUGAAUGCCAGUUCUUUCUUUUUCUUUACUAAAAUUACAUCCUCAAAAGUGAAGCACCACGUGUUUAUAUGGGUGUGUGUUUGUGUCUCUAGGCAGUUAUUUCU